GGGACACCAACAUCUCUCAAAUUCAAGAAGAUGACAAUGGAGAUUAUUUUGUGGAAGGAAAAUUCACAAGUCCAGGAGUUUGUAAACUAGAUGUGAGUGCUGAUGAUGAACCAAUUAACCAAUCACCAAUGACAAUCAAAGUAGAAGAGGGAAGAUUAGUAAAUACUAUUCAAAUAAAUGCAACAAGUAUUAUAGAUGUAGUUAAGUGUAAAGAUGACUCCUUACUGGUUUCAUGUCUGACAAAUGAAAUGCUCAAGUACAAGCAAUCAGGAGAAUAUAUUGGUAAGGUUACACUACCACAAGGUGUGAAAGUUGACAGAAUGUACAAAAUGAAGAAUGGUAACAUAGCAUUCAGUGAUUUCAAUUAUAAACCUAUCAGAAUAUGCAAUAUGAAUGGUCAGCUGAUUAAAACAAUUAGUGAGGAAGUACAGAAUACACCACGGAGCAUUCAUGUGGAUGAGACAUCAAAUGUUUUGUAUGCAGCAAGUGGUUGGUCCAAUAGCUGUGUGUACAUGUUUGACAUGAAUAAUGGCAAGACCAUCAAAACAAUAGGCUUACAAGGUACAAAAGAAGGUCAAAUGAGUUAUGUCACUGAUGUUACUCUUACUAACCAAGGACACCUUCUUGUAUUGGAGUAUAGCAACAGUAGAUUACAAUUAUUUAAUAAUGAGGGAAGGUUUAUAAAAGUCCUUGUUGAAGCAGGUGAUGAGGAUGGUAAGGUAAAUUCUCCAAGUGCAAUAGUAGUUGAUGAGGAUGACAACAUCAUUAUAUCAAGUCAACAGAAACUACAGCUAUUCAGUAGUGAUGGAAAUUUCAUAAAAAGAAUUGAUAAACCAGAAGAUAGAAUCAACGAUCCAAGGGGAUUAUCCAUCAUUUCAUAUCAUCCAAGGAGACUUGCAGUAGCAAAUCGUGGUGACAAAACAGUAAAAAUAUUCAAUUAUUAA